AUGGAAGAGCAGCAGCAGCAGCCGGAGCCUAAGGGCCAGCGCGACCCGGGCCUCGGCGCGGCGGCGGCGGCGGCGGCGGCGGCGGCGGGGGGCGGCCUCGGCCUCGGCCUGAGCCCGGGCGCGGGCGGCGGCGGCGGCGACGGCGCGCCGGUGUCCCCGCCGCCCGCGCCGCCCUCGCCGCCCGCGGCGCCCGGCCCGCCGCCCCCGGCCCCGCACCCGCACCUCCCCCCGCGCCCCCCGCCCCCGCCGCCGCCGCCGCAUCAGCACCUCGCGGCGCCCGCCCCCCAGCCGCCGCCCGCGGCCCAGCUGCACCGCACCACCAACUUCUUCAUCGACAACAUCCUGAGGCCGGACUUCGGCUGCAAGAAGGAGCCGCCGCCGCUGCUGGUGGCGGCGGUGGCCGGAGGAGGAGGAGGAGGAGGCGCAGGAGGAGGAGGAGGAGGAGGCGGCGGCCGGGUGGAGCGCGAGCGCGGCCAGACCGGCGCAGGGAGAGACCCCGUCCACCCGCUGGGCGCGCGGGCGCCCGGCGCCGCCUCGCUCCUCUGCGCCCCGGACGCGAACUGCGGCCCGCCCGACGGCUCCUCGCCCCCCGGGGCCGGCGGCGCGGCUGCGGCCAAGCCUGGGAACCCGGCGGCGGCGGCGGCGGCGGCGGCAGCGGCGGCGGCGGCGGCCGUGGCGGCGGCGGCGGCGGCGGCGGCGGCGAAGCCCGCGGACGGCGGCGGCGGCGGCGGCAGCGGCGGCGGCGUGGCGAGCCCGGGCGCGCAGGGUGCCAAGUUCCCGGAGCACGGCAACCCGGCCAUCCUGCUGAUGGGCUCCGCCAACGGCGGGCCCGUGGUCAAAACGGACUCGCAGCAGCCCCUGGUCUGGCCCGCCUGGGUCUACUGCACGCGCUACUCGGAUCGUCCGUCCUCGGGUCCGCGCACCAGGAAGCUGAAGAAGAAGAAGAACGAGAAGGAGGACAAGCGGCCGCGGACGGCGUUCACCGCCGAGCAGCUGCAGAGACUCAAGGCGGAGUUCCAGGCGAACCGCUACAUCACGGAGCAGCGGCGGCAGACCCUGGCCCAGGAGCUCAGCCUCAACGAGUCCCAGAUCAAGAUCUGGUUCCAGAACAAGCGCGCCAAGAUCAAGAAGGCCACGGGCAUCAAGAACGGCCUGGCGCUGCACCUCAUGGCGCAGGGACUGUACAACCACUCCACCACCACGGUGCAGGACAAAGACGAGAGCGAGUAGCCGCCGCCGCCGCCCGGCCUUGCUCCGGGUCCGCGCCCGCGCCCGCGCCCG